GAGCUGCCGCUGCCCCUGGAGCACUUCCUGCAGAGGAUGGCCCGGAGACCCCGGCCCCAGCAGUUCUUCGGCCUCAUGGGCAAGCGGGAUGCCGGAUAUGGCCAGAUCUCUCACAAAAGAUCCUCUGAAAGGAGCAUAGCACAGAAUUACGAACGGAGGCGUAAAUGA